AUGAGGUGCAUUGAGGGCUGCUGGGAUCAGGAGGAUCAGAGAGGAGUCUACAGCUGCUCCCUGUGCAAACACACCUUCACUCCCAGACCUACACUCUACAAAAAUACUCUGGUUGCUGAAAUGGUGGAGACAUUUAGGAAGACCAGAAUCCAAGCUUUUCCUAUUACUCCUUCUGAUGAUGGACCUGGACAUGUGGAGUGUGACGUCUGCACUGGGAGAAAACUCAAAGCUGUGAAGUCCUGUCUGGAUUGUCUGUUGUCUUACUGUGAAACUCACUUAAAAGUUCACAAUGAUGUCAACCCCGGAAGAAAACACUCAGUUAUUGACGCCAUGGGCCAGCUACAGGAGAGGAUCUGCUCUCAUCAUAAGAAGUUUUUAGAAAUAUUUUGUCGAACCGAUCAGAGUUUGAUCUGCUAUCUGUGCAAGUUGGACGAACAUAGAGGCCAUGACACAGUCUCAGCUGCAGCAGAACGGACAGACAAACAGAGGCAGUUGGGGCAGACCCAGGAAGUAGUCAGGAUAUCUGCAGCAGUAACGAAUAUCCAGAUCAUCAAGUCUUUAGAAUAUGCUGAUCCUGAGCUCCCAGUCAGAAGAACAAGCAGUAAGGAGAACCUGCCACCAUCGAGUAAGUCAUUACUGACUGAUUCUAACAGCCUCUAAGCCUGUACAUCAGGGGUCUAGCACAGAAAUAAUAGUUCCACUGUAUCUUAUCACUGAUAUAAUCUGAUCUCAAUAAAACCCUCUUUCAGCUGUGAGACGUAGGAGGCAUGGAGGUGUGGUUGGGCUCCAGAGUUUGAAAUAAAGGCCUUGAUAUUAAUCAUG